CCGCGCGACGCGCGACGCGCGACGCGACAUCGAGGACGCGUCGAUCGACGACGGACGGUCGAGCGCGUCGAUCGGCGGCGACGGGGGCGCGCGACGACGGGGAAACGGGACGGGAAAACGGGAAUCGCGACGACGGGAAGACGUUUGCGCGCGCAUGGCGUCGGCGGGAGAUUUGCUCGCGCGCGCGGACGCGCUGUUGAAGAAAUACGACGCCUAUCUCCCGAAAACGGAGACCACGGCGCAGGUGGAGGAGAGAAUAUCGAAAUUACGCGGUACCGAUGCGUUCGCGGCGAUGCUGACGAAUUCGGAGACGGUUUUGGAAGAAUUGAUUGAAAAGGCGGCGGCGGUGAAGAGCGAACGAAAUCGAGCGACGGUGGCGACGCUCAACGCGGAGGUGCGUCGAGGGAAGAAUUAUCUGCGCGGGGAGCUGCCGAAGCUGAGGAAGGUCGCGAGGGUGAAGAGUGCGGGGACGACGGAGGAUGACGUGCGUGCGAUGUUGGAGAUUGUGGAUAAUUUGGAGGAUCGAGUCGAGGCGGUGGCGGAUGGCGUCACGCGCGGGUUGCCGCCGCAAAAGAAAAAGCCGGCGGGGGGAUUCGGGGGGACGUCGACCGUGGUGAACAUCUCGAGCGACGCCGAUCCGGGAUCGAGUGCGAAUCCGUUCUUGAACAUGGAGCAAAGCGAGGCGAGCGAAGCGUUUAGACAAGAGUUUGAAGCUCGGAAAGCCAAGCAAGACAAAGGCUUGGACGUCAUCUCGCGCGGUUUGGGCGUGUUGAAGGACAUCGGGGGCGAGAUGCAAGAGGAGAUGCGCCGUCAGCAACCGAUCACGGAUGCGAUCGAAGAUAAGCUCGAUUCCGUGAACGCGGACAUGCGAACGGCGAACUCCCGGUUGAAGGAGGCGGUGACGAAGAUUCGCUCGACGAGAAAAUUUUGCAUGGACGCGAUAUUAAUUCUCGUCGUACUCGGCGUGUCUUUGACCAUUUACAAAACGGUCGCAUAGGAUCUCUUAGCCGAUGGACGUCGUGUACAAGAAAUAGCCGAUAUUAUCAUUACAUCCUCACCUCACUUC